AAACCAACUGCCAAGACUAAGAACCCAAUCAACCUACUCUACUACUGCACUACAUUUAAUUCUCAUUCUCUCUUUCUCCCUCACUUCACAAAAGUACAAAAGAGGCUCAAACCCCAAGAACUUUUCAUCCAAUAAAAUCUUUUUUUACCACUAAAAUUUUCCAAAGUGCACACUACACAACACAACACCCACUAAAAAACCAUCUUUCAAUUUUCCUGCACUUUUUUUUGCCGCCUCCAUCACUAAAAAAUUACUCUUCAACUUCCUCAACUUUCACCUUCAUCUCUUUCUCACAGCUAAACAAUACCUCAGACAUCAGCUAUGAAAAACUACACAUUUUUAUGUCCAAGAAAAGACAAUGGACAGUGUAAUUAAUAAUACAAAGAGAACUAUCAAUUCUAGUUUGUCUCAGUUUUUUCACCAUUUUUGUAAUUUCCAGUUGACUAAAAGGUCCUUAUAUGCAAUUGUUUCUUGCUUUCUGCUUUUUCUCAUAGCUUACAACAGUUCCACUGUGUUCUACAUUCAAGUUCCAGUUCCGGCCAACUCCUCGCCGGAGAUUUCUAACUUUUUAACUGAAAAUGUCGCCAGAAAAUCAAGAAAGUUGGUUUCUUUAUCUGCUUCAACUAAACUCUCAUCUUCUGUGAUAUAUGCAGUAAAAGAGGAAACCCCACUUCAAAAAACAAACACCCAGUUGACAAUUUCUCGCAAAAAUCAAAACUUUGUGAGUUUUACAUAUAAUUCAGUGGCUUAUCAUCCUAGAAGAAGGCGAAAAAAGAAGUCUUUGGUGAAAGUUCUUGGUUCGGGGGCAAGAAUUAAUGAGUUCUCAAUGAGAAUGAAAAUUUUUUUUGGAGCUAAAUCAUCCAAUACUUCCUGUAAGUAUAGGUUUUUUAUGACUUGGAUUUCUUCAAUUGAAUCUUUUGGUGAAAGGGAACAGUUUGCUGUUGAGAGUUUAUUCAAAACACAUCCAAAUGGCUGUUUGGUAGUUAUGUCCACUUCAAUGGAUUCACCAAAGGGAAUGCAAGUUUUAAAGCCUUUCUUUGAGAAAGGAUUAAGGGUAACUGCAAUCUCACCUGAUUAUUAUUAUUUGUUUAAAAAUACAUUGGCUCGAGCCUGGGUUGAUAGCUUAAUGAAGGGUAAUAUAGAUCCAGGGGAAGUUUCUAUAGGUCAGAACCUCUCAAAUUUGCUUAGACUUGGUUUAUUGUACAAGUUUGGUGGGAUUUAUUUAGAUACAGAUGUUAUACUGUUGAGAAGUUUUGGGAAGCUAAGAAAUGUAAUUGGGGCUCAAACUAUUGAUGUUGAAACAAAAAAUUGGAGCAGGUUAAAUAAUGCUGUAAUGAUUUUUGAUAAGGGGCAUCCUUUGUUGUACAAGUUCAUUGAGGAAUUUGCACUUACAUUUGAUGGGAAUAAAUGGGGACAUAAUGGUCCUUACUUGGUUUCAAGGGUUGUGUCAAGGGUAAGUGGAAGGGAUGGAUACAAUUUCACAGUUUUGCCUCCAAUGGCUUUUUAUCCAGUUGAUUGGAGUAGGAUUGGUAGUCUCUUUCUUGGGCCAAGGAACGAGACUCACUCAAAAUGGUUGCUCUCUAAACUCCGGCAGAUUCAGAGCCAAAGUUUGGCUGUGCAUCUUUGGAACAAACAGAGUAGAGGGCUUAAGGUUGAAGAAGGAAGCAUAAUCCAACAUAUAAUGUCAGAUUGUUGUGUUUUCUGCAAUUCUUACUCCGCAAAGUUGUAAGUAUACGCCGCGAACAAUUAGUUAUCGACUUGUUUUUUUCUUCAUUAAUUAUUAUAGGAUUAUGGACCACCUCAGUUCAUUCCAUAGGUUGUGUUUCAGAAAAUUAGGUGGUACAGAAAUAAUGCAGGAUCCAUGUAUUCUACUUGAUUGUCUAUGUGAUUAGCAAAUUAUACAUGAUAGAAAAGCAAAAUUAUUUCUAAGUUC